CAAAAACAAGUCCAGCCAGUUCUCUACAGGGAGCGUCUGAGAGUCAAGGACAGGACAAGAGAAUAAAACUCUGUAAGUAACAAGUCCAGCCAGUUCUCUACAGGGAGCGUCUCACAUUCAAGGACAUGACAACUGAAUAAAAUUCAAAACUAGAGACUCUCCCACUGCUGCUAGGAUGAGUGGCUCUCAGGAGAGAGAGGAGGCUGCAGCACACGGCUGUGUGCAACAAAGAACCAAACAAACACACUCUGAUGGAGGCCCACAGACACACAGACCUCCAUCUCCAGUGCCCAGCUGUGUGUCCAUGAGGAGCGAUAAGUCCAUGGGUGGAGCUCCUGACUUCAGCAGUGAACCAGUUCCAUCAGGUCUAACCCCACAGACACACAGACCUCCAUCUCCAGUGCCCAGCUGUGUGUCCAUGAGGAGCGAUAAGUCCAUGGGUGGAGCUCCUGACUUCAGCAGUGAACCAGUUCCAUCAGGUCUAACAUCAAUGGCUAAUCUGAGCCGGGAUCAAACCAGGCAUGGAGCGUGUGAGCAGGUACAGAGUGAGCCAGUCAUCAGCAGAAAGAAGGAACUGGAUGAGGACCUAAUGAGAGUUAUAGGGAAUCACAAAGCCAGUCUGAAGAGGAGGUUUGAGAACAUAUCUGAAGGCAUCGUCAAACCAGGAGCUGAGAUACUCCUCAGUACAAUCUACACAGAGCUCUACAUCACAGAGGGAGAAAGUGAAGGAGUGAAUAGGGAACAUGAGGUUUUGCAAGGAGAGUCAGCAUCCAGAUCUCAAACCACAGAAGACACACUAAUUAACUGCAAUGACAUCUUCAAGCCCUUACCUGGACAGAAGAAGCACAUCAGAACUGUGAUGACCAAAGGUGUUGCUGGCAUUGGAAAAACAGUCUCAGUGCAGAAGUUCAUUCUUGACUGGACAGAUGAGGUAGCCAAUCAGGAUGUAGAUUUUAUAUUUCCCCUGUCUUUCCGUGAGCUGAAUUUAGUCAGGAGUGAUCAGUAUAGUCUUCACAGCCUCCUGCUUGAUUUCCACCCUGAGCUGAAGGAGCUGAAUGACUCUGAAGAAUACAAAGACUGUCAGGUUGUGUUCAUCUUUGAUGGUUUGGAUGAGAGUCGGUUGACCUUGGAUCUGAAACAGAACAGAAAUUUGUUUGAUGUAAGACAAACAUCAUCAGUGGAUCUUCUGAUAACAAGCCUCAUUCAGGGAACUCUGCUUCCCUCUGCACUCAUCUGGAUAACCUCACGACCUGCAGCAGCUGGUCAGAUUCCUGUUCAGUACAUUGGCCGGGUAACAGAAAUACGUGGAUUCAAUGACCCACAGAAGGAAGAGUACUUCAGGAAGAAGAUCAGUGAUGAGAGUCAGGCCAACAGAAUCAUCUCACACAUAAAGAUAUGCAGGAGUCUCUACAUCAUGUGCCACAUUCCAGUCUUCUGUUGGAUUGCAGCCACUGUACUACAACAGAUGCUGGAACAGGGCAACACCCAGGCAAUACCCACAACUCUGACUGAGAUGUUCAUACAGUUCUUGCUCAUCCAGACCACCAGGAAGAAUCAGAAAUAUCAGAGUGGAACUGAAGCAAAUCAUGAAAACCCUCUGGAAUCUCAGAGAGAAAUUUUACUCAAGUUAGCAGAACUGGCAUUCAAGAAUUUAGAAAACGGGAAUCUGAUGUUUUAUGAGGAGGACCUGCGAGGAUGUGGCAUUGAUGUCAGUGAAGCCUCAGUGUUCUCUGGCAUGUGCACUGAGAUCUUCAAGGAAGAAUCUGUGUUUCACCAGAGGAAAGUCUACUGCUUUGUGCAUCUGAGUGUCCAGGAGUUUCUGGCAGCGCUUCAUGUCUUUAUGUCUGUGGCUGAGACUGUGAGUGACAAAAUGAGUAUUCUUGCAUUUUUAGCAGAGAAAACCCAGUUAGAAGAUUUUCUUGAGAAAGCCGUGAACAAAGCUUUGCAGAGCAAAAAUGGACACCUGGAUCUCUUCCUUCGUUUCCUUAUGGGUAUCUCGUUAGAGACCAAUCAGAGACUUCUGCAAGGACUACUCACACAUCCACUCAACAGCUCAGAGAGUAUCAAGAAAAUAUGCAACUACAUUAAGGAGCUCAAAAGAGAAGAUCUCUCUCCUGAAAGAUGCCUCAAUCUUUUCCACUGCCUGUUUGAAAUGAAUGACCAUUCCUUGCAACAAGAAAUUAACAAAUAUCUGAACUCACCAAAGGAUUUGAGUGAACAGUUAUCUCCUGCCCACUGUUCAGCACUGGCCAACAUGCUCCUGAUGUCUGAGGAGGUGCUGGAUGAGUUUGACCUGAAGAAAUACAACACGUCCGAUGAGGGACGCAGGAGACUGAUCCCAGCUGUGAGGUGCUGCAGAAAGGCACGACUUGCUGAAUGCACACUGACAGACAAGUCCUUUGAAAGUGUGGCUGCUGUUCUACAUUCGCCAAACUUCCUGAUAGAGCUGGACCUGAGUUACAAUGACUUGAAAGAUUCUGGAGUCCAGCUUCUCUCUAAGGCACUGUCUAGUCCCCACUGUAAACUGCAGACAUUAAGAUUUGCUGACUGUAAACUCUCAGAGAAGUCCUGUGCACUUGUGACUACUGUUCUACAAUCUCCAAACUCCAUGAUAGAGCUGGACCUGAGUCACAAUGUCCUGGGGGAUUCUGGAGUUCAGCUUCUCUCUAAGGGACUGUCUAGUCCCAACUGCAAACUGCAGACAUUAAGACUUGCUGAAUGCAAACUCUUAGAGAAGUCCUGUGGAAUUGUGGCUACUAUUCUACAGUCACCAAACUACCUGAUAGAGCUGGACCUGAGUUACAAUGACUUGAAAGAUUCUGGAGUUCAACUUCUCUCUAAGGGACUGUCUAGUCCCCACUGCAAACUAGAGACCUUAAGGCUCUCUGAUUGUCUCAUCUCAGAGAAGAGUUGUAUUUGUCUUGCUUCAGCCCUGACUUCAAAGCCGUUAAAAAAGCUGGAUCUCAGCUACAAUCAUUUUGGAGAAUCAGAACAGAAGCUGAUAUCUGCUCAACUGGAGGAUUCUAUCUGUAAACUGGAGAUAUUUAAAACUGACCAUGUUUCUGAAAUCAGAGCACGACCACGUUUGCGGAGAUAUGCCUGUAAGCUCACACUGGAUCCAAAUACAGCUCACAGAGAACUCUCUCUCACUGACGGGAACAGAAAGGUGACAUGUGUGAAUUAUGAGCAUCCGUAUCCUGACCACCCAGACAGAUUUGAUUGGUGGUGGCAUGUGUUGUGUAGAGAGGGUCUGUCUGGACGCUGUUACUGGGAGGCUGAGUGGAGUGGCUGUAGAGCUGAUAUAGCUGUGGCCUAUAAGAGCAUCAAGAGGAAAGGGGGGGAUGCGGCCAUAAUUUUGGGACGUAAUGACAAGUCCUGGACUUUGAACUGCUCUUCUGGGACUUACUCUUUCUGGCACAAAAAUGAACAGACUGACAUACCUGCCCCCUCCUCUGGCUCCAGAAGAGUAGGAGUGUACCUGGACUGGCCGGACGGCACUCUGUCCUUCUACAGCGUCUCCGCUAAUACACUCACGCACCUGCACACGUUCCACGACUGCAAAUUCACUGAGUCCCUCUGUCCAGGGUUUAGGGUUUGGCUAUCUGGUACCUCAGUGUCCCUGUGCUAAGCUCCACCUCCAACAGGUGUGUUCACCUGUCACCUGUUCACACAGCAGUGGAUCUGGCUUGGUCUGGCCUGGGUUUGGGGCCGUUCCAUUUUCAUGUUAUUCUCUUUAUGGGUAUGAUUGUUGUUUGUAUGUUUGUUUGUUUGUGUGCGAGUGCAUGUUUGCAUGCACUAAAACAUGCUUUUUUUCUGACUUAAAAUUGCUCCAAUUCAUAAGGCCCUGCACUGGCUUCCAGUAAGUCACAGAAUUGACUUUAAAACACCACUGCUUGUUUAUGAAUCAGUAAAUGCAGCAGGACCUAAAUAGUAAAUACCUAUCAGACAUGCUUCAGUAGUACACACCUUCUCGUCCUUUCAGGUCUCAAGAGAAAAACCUGUUACUAAAACCUGCUGUUAGAACUAAACAUGGUGAAGAAGCUUUUAGGAGCUAUGUGGCUCAGCUCUGGAACCAACUUUUGGAUGACAUAAAAAGAUCUUUGAAAAUGAUUCUACAUUGUCUUUUAUUUUUUUUUAUUUCCAAUUUUCUUCAUAUUUCAAUGACUUUACCUUGUGCAUUUUAUGUUUUCUUUUUUUAUUAUGAUCUUUACCUUUCAAGCUACUAUUUGACUAUUGCCCGCCUAUGCUUUUAUUUGUUAUUACUUGACUUGACUAAAUUCAAUAUAAUGUAAUGGAUCUGUUAUUAUUUUCUUUAUUUGAUUAAAUGUUUUCUUCUAAGCCAUAAGAAAAUAAUUGUAGGUAUGUAUUUGCUGAAUUUGCAGAUUGUAAUUUGAUGGGAGUCAAUAUGAAUUGUAAAUAUUUAUAUGGGUUAGAAUUGUGUGCUAACUAUUCUUCUGUUGAAUAAGCGGGAUAAUGGACUUCACGCCGUGCAUUUAUUCAAAGUUAAUGCACUUUUCUAGAGGACAUAUCACCGUCUAGAACGUGCAUUAACUUUGAAUAACCGCACGGCGUGUCGAUCAUUAUCCUGUACAUAAACACUAAUAAUUUUAAAUUAAUUAUUUUAGCUUGAAUUCACCACAGAUAUUAAACUGCAAUUUAAACUAUGAUAAAUUAACUGUCACAAUGAAUUAAAAGAGUAAUCAAACCGUGUGGUUAUUCAAAGUUAAUGCACGUUCUAGACGGUGAUACGGCCCGACGCGAAGCAGAGCGAAGCGUUCCGUCUAGAAAAGUGCAUUAACUUUGAAUAACCGCACAGCGUGAAGUCCAUUAUCCCGCUUAUUCCACAAAAUAUAUGCAAAUUGGUAAACGGUUGGUGUUCUCUUUUAAGAUUUUUCACCUGUAAUGUCUGGACUACAAAAAUAAGACAAAUAAAAAAGGAUAAAGUUACAACAGAGGCCUGGUCAUUGAGUGAAACCCAUUAAAAGUUAAUCAUUGGUACCUCCAUGUCAAGUGAAAGUUAAGCACAGGUGAAAAGAAGGAACACACUUGCCACUGAAAUUUAGCCUACAUGUUUGUGUUUUAUUUAUAUUUAAUUUCAGUUUUAAAUAGUUUUGUUUUGAUACAUUUACUUUCAGCACAUCAUAUAAUGUUGCACAACAUCACCAACUGACCACAGUAAGUCUCUCCCUGUCCACCUUUUCUCUUUGGUGUCCAGGGUUUAAGGUUGGCUUCACUCUUCAGUAUCGCUGUCCCAGAUCACAUGACCUCCUCAUGCAGCAGGAACACACUCCUCUUCAUACACACGUGUGAUGCUGAGAUGCUACUGAAAUAUUGACGUGUGUAUUCUGUUCAUACACCACUGCUUUGAUGAUACAAUGCAAAUGGUUAUUCACUGAAUUUCUUUCAGAUGCUGAUAUUCCCUGUAUAUGUGCAUACUGAUAUUGAGCUAGCCUACAUGUUUGCGUUUUGUUGAUAUUUAUUUUUUUGUUUUAAAUAGCUGUUUUGAUAUAUUUAAUUUCAGCACAU